AUGCUGGAUCCAGUGUGGUGCCACUCAUCUCUCCCUAAUCCUCGUAAAAUCGACGUGUGGGAAACGUUUUUAAUUCCUACGAGGCAAUCUCGAUCUUUCCACACCCUCCAGGACCUAUAUUCGUCAUGCAGAGCUAAAAUGAAGCCGAUUUUGAAGUGGGCUAUCCUAGUCUCAGCUAUCGUUGGAAUUCUGGCGGUCACAGCUCUCGUUUUAGCUUUAACUUUGACGGGUAAAGGAGGAGAUGAGGCACCAAAUGCACGCACCAUGUAUUUUGCAAUGAAUCUCGAUGGCACACUGUUUUCAAGGAAGUUCUUGGAGUUUAAUAAGAAGGAUUGUAGUCCACAAAAGGAUCUGGACACUACUCGUGACGCGAUUUCUGCGAUGAAAGACAUGGAUUUACUGUACAGUUUCAUCCUUUUCGCUGAGGAUGCGAAAGUUACAUCUCCGGUAAGCUGGAAGGAAGCUGUUGCUCAACUGGGAACGUUAGAUGUAAAUACACAAGCGUCAACGUUUAAACAAGCCCCAGCUAUAAGAGAAUUUAUAAAGAGGAAAGGGGAGAACGAUCUUCUAGUCUAUUACAUUCCAUGUGGCUUUGAUUACAGGAAAGAUGACGAUUUGAAUGAUUUUGUGAACGAGAUGAAGAAGGCUGGUAUUGAAGAGAAGAUUCUAAUUGUAUCAAGCGUACAACCUAUUGAUGUCGUUAGUGAUCUUUACAAGGUAACAAGCAGAAAUGCAGCCGGAAAGGAUGACAAGAAUAUUAUCAACCGUAUAUCCGAAUUCGGCAACGCUGGCACGACGUCCGUCACCGGUUUCAAAGAUGAAACGACAUCUUCCGCUACAAUACCAACGACGACACCAAGCCCUACCACUUCUAAAAUAAUCCAAGAAACCACUAAAUUAUCAACAACUGCGAGAAGAACAAGACCAACCAGACGUAUCCCUUCUACGUCUAAGCCUAGGACUACUACAGAGUCGAUUUCCACGAAAGAACCAGAAGAUGAUACUACAAUGAAAAGUACUACGACAACAACGGAGGAGAAUGGUACCACCAAUGCUGCGACUUCUACAACAGAAUCAGUGACAAAUUCCACCACAGAGACUUCUCCAACCGUUGAAACGGUCACGACAACGAGUGAGAAUCCAACUGCCAAUCCUGUAACUUCUACAACAGGACCAGUGACCAGUACCACCGCACAAACUUCUUCAAGUGGUGCAACAGUAACACUGGAAGAGGAUGUUACAACCAUUCUUCCGAAAUCUUCUACCGAGUCAGUGACAGACUCCACCACUCAGACUUCUUUAACCGUUGAAACGGUCACGACAACGAGUGAGAAUCCAACUACCAAUCCUGUAACUUCUACAACAGGACCAGUGACCAGUUCCACCGCAGAAAUUUCUUCAAGCGGUGCAACAGUGACACCAGAAAAGGAUUCAACAACCGACUUUUCGACUUCUUCUACAGAAUCACAAACAGAUUCCACCGCACAGACUUCUCCAACCGUUCAAACAGUACCGCCAACGGAAGGUAAUGCUUCAACCAGCUCUGUGACCUCGACCACAGAAUCAGUGACAAAUUCCACCGCACAAACUUCUUCAAGCGGUGCAACAGUAACGAAAGAAAACGUUAUCAGCACCGAUACCAAGACAUCUGAAAUACCCGUCACAAAUGCAGCUACAGGUGUCACAUCUGCAGAAAUCUAA